GCAUAAGGGUGCGUGUAAAUUUGGAAAGAGUCAGUCUCUAGUCUCCAACAAUCUUCCCAAAUAUUUACAAACCACCAGAUCGGUCAGCAAUACCCCACCGUCAGGGUCUUUAUCUGUAAUUACAAACUCCAUUCUGGUCAAUAUAAUAUCUACUCCCCCUUCAGAUCUCGUUACUCCCAAGCACCACCAUUCCAUACAAAGAAAAUGAAGCUCCACUCGGCAGCGACGUCUGUGCUUAUUUUCCUUGCAGUCAUUUUGCCCUAUUGUUCUUCUGUGUCCCAAAACAUUCAGAUCAGUAAAAUCAAACCUUCUGCUAAAGGUGAAGCUCCAACUCCAGCAAUGAGUAUCAUAUCUCUAAUGUCAGCUCACGGAUGCAAAAAUUUUGCUGAUAUAUUAUCUGCUUCACCUGCUGAGAACACAUUUGAGGACAAUGUUCAAGGAGGUCUCACUAUAUUUUGCCCAACCGAUGAUGCAAUGAAAGCGUUUUCGCCUAAAUUCAAAAACUUAACCGCUGAUGGGAAACAAUCCGUUCUUGAAUAUCACGGUGUUCCGGUUUAUCAAUCGUUGUCGAGUUUGAGAACGAGUAAUGGUUUGAUGAACACGUUAGCUACGGAUGGAGCUAAUAAUUACGAUUUCGUUAUUCAAAAUGACGGACAAGAUGUCACAUUGAAGACUAAAAUUGUUACUGCAAAAAUUACUGGGACUCUAUUUGAUAAAGCACCAGUAGCGAUUUUCUCGAUUGAUGAGGUUUUAGAGCCUACUGAAUUGUUUAAAGGUGCGCCGACUCCUGCACCAGCUCCAGCUCCUACUCCUGAGGCAGAUGCCGAGUCUCCUAAACCAGCCGGGAAGAAACACAAGUCACCUCCAGCGCCGGAUUCUCCGGCGGAUUCUCCGGUUGGUGGUCCCAAAGACAAAGUUGCGGAUUCGAAAGCAGAUAAGAACGGUGGGUUUAGAUUCAAUGGUGGAGCACUGGUGGUGGUCCCUGUUUUCUUCAUUUGGUUCGUCCAUUUAUUGCUGUAAUUUUAUGUUUUCCGGUUUGCUUAAAAACAGAUUUGCUAUUAUGUUUUAGAUCUGAAAUAAGAUUGGCCAAUGUAAAAUGGCUUUCCAAUUGUAAUUUGUACUUUGUAGCAGUAGGAUUGUUUUUACAAGAUUUUAUGAGUGCCUUUUUUUUUCCACUUUGUUGUUUCUUUGGUUAUCUACUUCAGAGUGAGAUUUUAUUUUAUAUUACAUGAAAACUUUCUUGCUUGUGAA